AAGGCGCCGGGCGGGCGCGCAGGCGGGCAAGACGGGACGCGGGGCGAGGAGAGGCCGGAGCAGACGCCGCCGAGGGACCAGCGCAGCCGGCAAGUGCGCGGCGCCGCGCGGGGAGGAGGUGCCGCUCUCCCGGUUUGCAGAGAAGGGCUGGAGAGGGGGGUCGCUUCCCCCGCUUGCAGGACCCUCCUUCGCCAGCCUCCCGGGGAACCCCUCGUUGGGUGGGGGGCAGGCGAGGACCCCCAGCCCCAGCUGGCACUGCAAGCAAGCUCCCCUCUCCGUUUUCCGCCGGGAUUCCGGUUGCGGGGGGUGGAAGCAUCGGCUGGGAAGCGACCAUCUCCCCUCUCUCCGUUGCGCGCGCGCGCGCGGUGAUGCACCGGGAGGCUGCUGGCUUGGCCAGGGCUUCGGGGGGACGGAGGGGAGUUAGCGGGCUUCGUCCGCAAGUCACGAGAUAUCUGCAGCGGGAGGGGGCGGGGGAGAAAGGAGCGUUGGGUCCCCGCCGCCGCCUUCACACGGUCGCGGGCAACACGCGUGUGAGGGGGAGAGCCUUCCCUUCCCCGCGAGGAAGAGACAAAGCGCGGCGUCGCCCGCCAAGCUGCUGAAAAGGGGAAGCGCGGAGCCGGGGCUCGUGAUGCGCGUCUGGCGAGGAGCCUCCGGGCGUCUGCAGCGGGCACGACCGGCCCAGACCUGCCCGCGAUGGGGGGAAGGAGGAGGCGGCGGCGCGUUUCCAGAGGCCCCUUCCCACCAGGGGGCAUGGAGAGGGGGGGCGUCGAGGGGUGCGCUAGCCUGGCAUCCCACCCACAGCGCCCCGGGAUCUCGGGGACGGGGGCAGUUGCGAGGGGCUGGGUAGGGGGCAAGGGCCAGGCUCGUCUGCGCCCCCGGGUCCGGGUCUGUCUUGGAGAAGGGGGGUGCUCCGGCUCAGGGACCAGGCAGCCCGAGGUGGGGUGGGGGAAGCUCAGGGGGCUGCUGGAGAGAGCUGCCCCUCAUCCCCGGGACUGCCCGGUGGAGCUCCUCUUUCUUGGGGGGCAGUAUCACCCCCUAACCCCCAGUCCCGCUCCCGCGCAGUGGGCGAUGCUGCGCCCAAGUCUCUCUCCCGAUGCUGCGCCCAAGUGGAGGAGAAGCGAGCCCGAAGGGAGCCGCUGGAAAACUCUGGCCCCAGCCUGACCUCAAACUCCUGAUCUUCCAGCAGCUCGCCAGAUCCCCCCCCCCCCGCCACACACACAAAGGACAAGCAUAAGAAAGAGUCCGCAGGCUGGACUCCCCCCUCCCUCGCAGAGCCCUCUGGGCCAGCGGCCAGAUCUCCACAGUCCCGUUGUCCAGACGUUCGCGUCCCUGGUGCGUAUUGCCCGUCCUAUGGAACUUAGUGGAUAACUGCCUCUGAACAUGGAGGCUCUGCUGAGCGCUCAGGGAUAGCAGCUGCUGGAGGAGGAGCCUCCCUUUUCCUUAGAAGAGAAAGCUGCGCUUGGUGGGGUCCCGUCUAGAAGCUCCGGCGGAGGUCAAGAGAGGAUCCUUCUUCCUUCCCAGCAAGGGCCCUCUGAUCCUCCCCCCAUGAACUGGGUCCGGCCUCCUGUCAGUCUUUAAAAAGCUUAGAAUUUUAGAACUGUGACAUUGGAGGGGACCCCAAAGGUCAUGUAGUCCAACCCUCUGCAAUGCCGGAGUGUGACCAUCUGAAACCACGCAAGCCGUGAAGAAAAUGCCCACCAGCUCUGACCCAAAGGCCUGUCUUCUCCAGCCCUCUCAGCGUGGCCCAUCGGACGGGCACUUUGGGCAAAAGGAGCUUUGGGUCUUUCUUCACUUGUGGAGUGACUGGUGUCCCUCCAGCACUUCCUGAAAAAUUGUUGCAAAAACAAGGCUUCUCCUAGAGGAAGGGUGGGAGACAAAACCCCUAGAAUGGUAGAGUCAGAAGGGACCCCCCAGGGUCAUCCAGUCCAACCCCCUGCAAUGCAGGAAUCUCAGCUGAAGCCGCCAGGACAGACGGCUAUCUGACCUCUUCAAGGAAGGAGAUACAUUCAAUAAAUACUGUCCUUUUCUGUGUAUAAGACUAGGUUUUUUUUACUCUAAAAUAAUGUUAAAAAAUGGGGGUCAUCUUAUACGUAGGGGUCAUCUUCCCCCAUUUUCAUAAAUUUGGGUCCCCCAAAAUAGGGGUCGUGUUAUACAUGGAAAAAUACGGUAAACGAUUUCAAAAAAUAAAUCCUGUAAAAGUGUAAUGUGCAAUAAUAAUAAUAAAUUUUAUUUAUACCCUGCCCUCCCCGGUCAGAGCCGGGCUCAGGGCAGCUAACAGCAGUAAAAAUUACAGUUAAAAACAUAAUGGGGGGGGACCCAAUUUAAAAUACAGGUUAAAAUGCAAUUUAAAGUGCAGCCUCAUUUUAAAAGUAGCCCAUAGAUCACAUAAAGACAUAGAAACAUUCAAAUUACCAUGCCCCAUGAAGAACAUCAUCCACACACUAGCCUUUAAGAACAUGAGAAAAAAAGUUAUUUUUUAAAUCAGGCACCUAAAAGAAGAUAAGGUUGGGAGGAGAAACACUUCAGUGGGGAGGUCAUUUGACAGGCACAGAGCCCCCGCCAAAAAGGCUCUUUCCCACAGGCCCCACCCGCAGUUUAGCAUGGAGACCCCCCCCCCCGAAGAGUCCCAGCUGAGGAUCACAGUGCCUGGGCAGGUGGGUGCGGGAGGCGGCGUUCUCUGGGGAAUUGGGGCCCCAGGUCAUUCAGGGACUUUCACUUCCAGCUGAGCACCUUGAACUGGGCCCAGGAAGUUCUCGUCUUAGCCUGGCACAGAGCCAGUUGCAUCAAGAUCCCCCCUGCCCCCCCCCCAGCGCUGAGGAGCUGAGGUUUCUGUUGCUCUGCCUGUAAUGUGGAGGAGGGUUUCCUCAGAGGACUGUGCGCAGUGAUGGCCAAGUGCCCAUCAAAUCACUGGCCCUCAGCACUGUGGGAGGGACUGGUGCCACUUCUGUGUCCCGCGCAGCCCCUGGCACACAUCGCUUGCCAGGGAGGGGGGCGGGGAAGGAGAGGGAGCUGCUGCCCACGGACCUGCAGCUGGAUCAGGCCAAAGAGGGCCCAUCUAGUCCAGCCCCCUGUCCUCACAGUACCCAAUGCGAAACCCACAAGUGGGAUUUGAGCACAAGGGAAUGGAUACUGAUGUUUUAGACCUUGAAGGUCACAACAGUAGUUUUGCUUGGCAGGCAUCGAAGACGAAAUGUAGCCCCAGAAUCUACAACUUAUUUGUUGUAUGAAACGGUUAAAGCACAUAGAGCUUUCUUGAAUCGUGUUGUAAGAAAAUCGGUUUUGUCCAGUCCUGUGGGAGGGAGUUCCACAGUUUAACGAUAUGCUCCUGCAUGAGCUAUGUUCUAGGGCCAACGACUUGCUCUCCUCCGCCACCUCUUGCAGGGCAAGUGCCACCAUGGUCCUGUGCAACUCUCUUCUCCUCUUCCUCCUCCUGCUGCCCUUCUUGGGCACAGCGGCUGCCGCUGCCACUCCAGGCUUCAAGAUCAGGAUGACAGCCAAGGGCUUGGACCUGGGUAAGGAGGCGGGGGGCAAGGGGAGGGGAUCCUGCAAAGCGGUUCUCUUUGGGGUACCUGCCUGGUCCUCAGCACUGCUCCUGCCAAGGACCCCUCUGGCCUUUGGGUCCUGCCCUGUUCUGCCUGCCAAAGGGGACUUGGUGGGUCUCUUGGCCGGCACCUCCUGCCCCCAAGGGAUGUGGGUGGCUGCUUGACCCCCCUCCUGGGUUUGUGAGGGGAGCAGCUGGCGGUGACACCCCUCUGGGGGCUUUUGCAGUGAAGCAGGAGGGGCUCCGCUUUGUGGAACAGGAGCUGGAGAACAUCACCAUCGCUGAUUUCCACGGCAAGGAGGGCCAGUUCCACUACAACAUCAGCAAGUGAGUUUAUUUGGGGGGGGGCUGCCCCACAGGGGCUUUGCUUCCUAGCUUAGAAGAUGCUGUGCUUGGCCAGGGACCAAUCACCCACCCUGGGUUGGUGGCCGCCUCCUGUGGCAGGGAGUUCCAUAGUUUAGUUGCAGGCUGUAACUCUGCAGUUUAGUACCAGGCUGCGUCUCUUGCUCUCCCCACAGGGUGAGAGUGACCCAUCUCCACCUGUCCGCCUCCGACCUGCGCUUUGAGCCCAAGCAACACCUGGCCUUCAACAUCAACAACGGGUCCAUCAGCCUGCGCUUCCGCCGCCAGCUGCUCUACUGGUUCUUGUGAGUCACUCGCAUUCUACUCUCACACCAGCCCAAACAGGGAGCCUUGGAGGAGGCCGGCUUGGGGAGGGGGGUAACUAAACCUCGGUCAAGUAUACCUGAAGUUCUGCCCGGACACUGAGGUCCAGCGCCGAGGGCCUUCUGGCGGUUCCCUCCCUGCGAGAAGCAAGGUUACAAGGAACCAGGCAGAGGGCCUUCUCGGUGGUGGCACCCGCCCUGUGGAACGCCCUCCCACCAAAUGUCAAAGAGAAGAACAACUACCAGACUUUUAGAAGACAUCUAAAGGCAGCCCUCUUUAAGGAAGCUUUUAAUGUUUAACAGACUACUGUAUUUUAAUACUUUGUUGGAAGCCGGCCAGAGUGCGCGGGGUAUAAAUAAUAAAUUAUUACUUAAGCCCCCAGGGAGCCAGCUCCUUCCCACCACAGGCAGAGGGUCCUUGCAAGGGAGCUGUGAGCCCUGAAGUGGCAAGACCUCUUGUUAACUGGGAUUCAUGCACUGAAAGCGUUGGACUAGCUGGCCUUGCAGCUCUACAGUUUGAUGAGUCUGCCUGGACAGCAUGUAUCAUGCAUGGGAAUGGGGCAAAUAUGAAUCCCUGUGACCCACAUGUGUGGGGUAAAUCACAAAAGAAUUGAGUGGGGGCCUGGAAUCAAAGUGUGGGGCUAAGAUCAGUUGCAGAGUUUAAACUCACAAAGUCAAGCACCUCAGUGAAGCGAGAGGAAUAUAAGCUGCUUGCAUAUCUCGUUUAGUCUGUUUGCAAAGCACCCCUCUCUUUCUACCCCUUUGCAAUGAACAGACCACACACUGUUAAGUAAGUUUAAAAUGCUUUACUUACAAAAUGUUCCAAAAGUCGGAUUAAUGCAUUUAUCCAAGCAGCGGCAAAGAGAGCACAGGCAGAAUACUGUUGGGUAGAAAAUGCAGAAAGAUCGCUUCAAACGCAUGGGCUCUAAGCUUGGAGUUUGCUUAGGCACAUCUUCCUUGAUCAGUUAUAUGGCACGGAGAGAGAGGGAACAGAGAGAGAAGGCUUAACUUCCUCCCUCUUCAGAGAAGAGGAGGCGUGACCUAGCUGAGUCUAGGAAAAGGACUCUGUAGUCUUAACCCCUUCGUGCACUAACUAGUAUUCAUGCAUUAUUAUAUUUGACUGCAAUCUCCCACCGAAACCUCUGUCUAAUGCAGGCAUCCUCAACCUUCGGCCCUCCAGAUGUUUUGGACUACAGUUCCCAUCAUCCCUGAUGACUGGUCCUCUUAGCUAGGGAUCAUGGGAGUUGGAGGCCAAAACAUCAGAAGGGCCGCAGGUUGGGGGUGCCUGGUCUAAUGGGCCAAUUGUGCCCUCCCAGCCUGGUCCUCAGCGCUCUCUCUGCUGAGACCCUGGCCUGAUCCUGGCAUUGAAAGCUGGGCCUGGGCUUCCAAGUGCCCUGUGGUGGGCUCCCUUUGUGGCUGAAUUAUGUGGCUGCUGGCCUCAUCAUAUCAUCAUUCAAUUCUUUAUGCCCCAGCCACUCUGGGCGGCUUCCAGCAAAAUACUACAACUUGGGGGUUGGCCUCCUGUGGGACGCCUGGAGAGUCAGCCUCCCCACCCCCAUGCCUACUUUUAACCCUUUCCACCCCAGCUAUGACAUCGGCUCCAUUAACACUUCGGCAGAGGGGGUCCACAUCCACACUCAGCUGGAGCUCUCCAAGGACAACAGCGGCCGCCUCAAGAUCUCCAACUUCAGCUGCAACGCCUCCAUCGGCCGCAUGCAUGCCGGAUUCAGUGGCACGCUCAGGUACGCCUGCCUCCAAUUGGCCCCUGGCGCUUUGGGGGAGCAAGUCCCCAGGGGCGCCUCUGAGCAGGGCGGAGAGAGGUGGCAAGCUGCUUCAGGGACCAGGCUGGCAACUAAGUUGGCAUCACGGCGGCAUGGUUGGAAGGGGCGGGGGCGGCGGGGAGCCCGUUGCAGCAAUAGAGGAGCCCAUGGUGGCUGAGGAUGCUUUGGGGGCAGGGCAGUGGCUGGAAGGUCCAGCAAGGAGUUAGGGUGGCUCAUUCCCACUGGGCAGAAUAGAUAAGAAGAGCCGGCUGGAUCAGGCCAAUGGCUCGUCUAAUCCAGCAUCCUGUUCUCACAGUGGCCAAGCAGAUGCCUCAGUGGGAAACCAGUAAGCAGGAUCUGACCACAAGAGCAACUCUCCCCCUUCCUGUGGUUUCCAGGGGGAGGCAGAGCACAGCCGUCCUGGCUAGCAGCCUUCGAUAGCUCUUCAUUGUCUUCUUUUAAGGCUUCUAGGGUGGUGGCCACCUACUGUGGGAGGGAGUUCCACAGUUUAACUAUGUGCUGCGUGAAGGAGGACUUUCUCUCAUCUGUCCUGAGUCUUCCGACAUUCAGCAUUCUUGAAGGUCCAGAAAGCCUUGUGUUAGGAGAUCCUGUGACAGGGAGGGGCAUUCUGGGACUUCCCCUUAGAAAGGAUCAAGGGGCUCCACCAAGGUGGAUUUGAUUUAAAUCAAAUCAAUUUAAAUCACUAGUCAGUAAGACUCAAUUUAUUAUAAUAAUAAUAAUUAUAAUUAAUCUUAUUUAUUUAUUUACAGAAAGACUCAUUCUUGUUUGUAUAAUCUUAAUAUUUACAACCAGAUAAAGGUUUCAUUUUUGGAAUAAUACAUUUUCAGAGUAGUUUUUACAGUUAUAUCAAAAAUUACUGAUUUGGUUAUACUAUUGGAAAUACAAAGUCAGGUAAUUAUGAAAUUAUUGUUUAUAUUUGGACAACUUUUCUGCUGUACUUUAUCGGAAGGAGAAAAACAAUCAUUUCCUUAAUAACAAUUUAAACUAUUUAACACAAAAACAUUAUAGCGUACGUAUCCAUGUUUGUUAACUGAUGUGGUUAAACAAUUAAAAACAAACAAACAACUUAGACUGAGUUUUAGCACACAUGAAAAACUUAAAUCCUUAUUUCCUGAUGAAUAGCCUUUGGACUAUAAUGUAACUUCAAUAGAAAACUAUCUUUAGAAAGAUUUGUCCUCCAAAAGCAUUUUAUUAUAAAUAUUUCCGAUUUAAAUAGAAUUUUUUUUAAAAAAGAAAACCAUUGAUUUUUAUCCCUUCUGGGCUCCACUCUCAUGCUUUUGCGUUCUCUCCAGAAAGGUGUAUGAAUUCCUUGGCACUUUCCUCACCACAGGGAUGCGCUACCUUCUCAACCAGCAGGUAAGAACCACCAAGCCAGAGGUAGGUGGGGCAGGGGACCUUUGGCAGCCCCUCUCGCCGACAGGGGGCAGGAAGAGGUCCCAAAGAGGAGAGUGGGAGAGACCCUCCCUUCCCUCUGCGUUGCACUGGGGGCUGUUGCUUCCUGCUCCCCGCAGACUCCCCCAUUCCCUUUCUCGCUUUCAGAUCUGCCCGGUGCUGAACCACGCGGGGCUCGUGCUGAUCAACUCUCUGCUGGACACGGUCCCAGGUGAGGAAGGCAAGGCAAGGCGACCCACACUCUGCCCCCGCUGCCUGCCUGAGCUCGAGGGUCAAUAGCGGGGGGACGUAGGAGAAGGCCAAUGCUGGCUGUCUUGGCUUCCUCUUUAGCCACGCGCAACCUCUCCAGCCGGGAGAAGCUGCGCACGCCUUUGUUUAUAGCCGCAGGGCUGGGACAGGGGAAGCCCGAGCUUGCCCUGACACCAGCCACCAGAACAGGCUGCUAUCUGCAAGCCUUCGGAGCCUGGUGAGAACUCCCGCCGGGCUCAGAAGGCUUGCGGAUAGCUGCUUGAAGCCCGGGGAGCGCAGCGGGGUUCAGGCUGCAGGCUGCUAUCCAGAAGCCUUUGGAGCGCUCUGAAGGCUUGCGGAUAGCUGCCUGAAGCCUGGAGAGCGAGAGGGGUCGGUGCACACCAACCCCUCUCGCUCUCCAGGCUUCAGCAAAAGCCUGCAUUCACUCCAUUUGGAGGGGGAAAAGUGCGUCCUAUAGAGCGAAAAAUACGGUAUAUGUCAGUUUCGCGAAUUCCACAUAGUCCAUCAGUUUCUCUUGCCACAGUUCUUUAGUUGGGAUUUCUUCAUUCUUCCAUCCCUGUGCUAUUAAGACUCUUGACGCCAUUGUCACAUACAUGAAAAUGUUUUUCAGUUUCCUUGGCAGGUCUUUUCCUACAAUCCCUAACAGAAAGGCUUCAGGUUUUUUUUACAAAUGUUAAUUGGAACAUUUUCGAGUCCAGCAGCCUGUUCUUACAGGGGCCGACCAGAGGCCUGUGGGAGACCUGCAAGCAGGAUUCAAACACAAUUCCCAGCAACUGGGGUUCAGAGGCAUCUUCACUCUGACCAUGGAGGUGGAACAUGGCCAUGUGGCUCAGGCAGGCAGGCAAGGGACGCUGUGGCCAUCAGCUGCGCUCUCUCACUCUCUCUCCCCCUGCCCUGCAGUGCGGAACCCGGUGGACGACCACAUUGGGAUAGACUACUCCCUGCUGAAGAAUCCCGUCGUCACGUCUGACACCAUGGACCUGGAUUUUGAGGUGCCUCCUGCAGCAGAGCCCAGGGCUGGGGAACACCGGGACUUGGGUGGGGGUCCCAGGCAGGGAAGAGGACUGAAAACGUGGGGUGGAGCAGCUGAACAGGUUGUGCCCAACCUCUGCCCGAAGGGGACAGGAGGAGCCUUUGUUCUCCACCCCCAUUGUUCCAGUGCUGAGGGCCUUCUGGCAGUUCCCUCCCAGCAAGAAGUGAGGUUACAGGGAACCAGGCAGAGGGCCUUCUCGGUAGUGGCACCCGCCCUGUGGAACACCCGUCCACCAGAUGUCAAGGAAAUAAGCAGCUAUCUUAUCUUUAAAAGACAUCUGAAGGCAGCCCUGUUUAGGGAAGUUUUUAAUAUUUAAUGCUGUAUUGUUUUUAACACUCGAUUGGCUGGAGAAACUUGGCCAGAUGGCAUAAAUAUUGUAUUAUUAUUAUUAUUAUUAAUGGUAGGCAGAGCCCAAGGAACUGGGGACUGACAUGCGCUCUGGCUGCACUCCCGGAAGAAGCCUUUGCCAAUAUUUAAAUCCUAGAGGUUUGGUACGGGGAGGUCUCCAGUUUGCGUCAGAAGGAGCAGCAAGAUGCGGGCAAGGGGUUGCAUAUCUGGGGAGUCAAAACCCACCCUGUGGUCCCAGGCAGGCGUGCUUGGGGCAUGGGCGAGCUGCAAGCAGGUGGCUCCUGGCAGCUGGGUCUGACCAGGGCUGUCCCUCCCCCCCCCCCAGGGCAAAUUCUUCUACUUGGGGGACGAGAACAAGACCCUCCCCAAUCUGGCCGUGGAGCCUGUCGUGCUGGAGACGGAGCGCAUGGUGUACCUGGCUGUCUCUGAGUACUUCUUCGAUUCCGCCCUCUUCUCCUACUUCCAGGCUGGCGUUCUGAGCAUGGAGAUUGCCGACGAAAAGGUUGGUUGGGCAGAGAAGCCAUGGGGCCGGGGUGGUGAUGGUGGAGAGAUGGUCAAAAGCUGCGCCAAGCGGGCAGAGGCCGGGGAGCGCACAGCCGCUGCUCUGACCUGCUGGUACGCUUCACUCUUGUUCCAGGUGCCAAAGGAUUUGGAGGUUCUGCUGAGAGCCACGUUUUUCGGGAGCAUCGUCAUGAUGGUGAGUGGCGGCGGCAGGGAAGGAGCUUCCCCUGGGCCAGCUCCUUCCUUCCUUCAUCCAGACUCCAUGCUUCUCGCCCACCAGAGUGGCAGCAGAGCUCUGGGAGAGAAGCUGAGUUGUGGGCAAAGGGGCACAGCAGAGGUUUCCAUCUCUUUCUGUGUGUGAUCUGAUAGUCUCCCUCAGCUCCGCCCCAGGAAAUUGUUGCUGUUGUUUAGUCAUUUACUCGUGUCCGACUCUUCGUGACCCCCUGGACCAAAGCACGCCAGGCACUCCUGUCUUCCACUGCCUCUCGCAGUUUGGUCAAACUCAUGCUGGUAGCUUCGAGAACACUAUCCCACCAUCUCGUCCUCUGUCGUCCCCUUCUCCUUGUGCCCUCCAUCUUUCCCAACAUCAGGGUCUUUUCCAGAGAGUCUUCUCUUCUCAGGAGGUGGCCAAAGUCUUGGAGCCUCAGCUUCAGGAUCUGUCCUUCCAGUGAGCACUCAGGGCUGAUUUCCUUCAGAAUGGAGAAGUUUGAUCUUCUUACAGUCCAUGGGACUCUCAAGAGUCUCCUCCAGCACCAGAAUUCAAAAGCAUCCAUUCUUUGGCGAUCAGCCUUCUUGAUGGUCCAGCUCUCACUUCCAUACAUCACUGCUGGGAAAACCAUAGCUUUAACUAUACAGACACUUCUUCAUGCAGUGCACAGCUAAACUGUGGAACUCCCUCCCACUGGAAGCAGUGAUGGCCACGGACCUAGAUGGCUCCUGAAUCCCAGGAGGGGCAGAGGGCUCUUGCGUUCAAAUCCUGCUUUCAGAUUUCCCAUAGGCAACAGUCCAGCUCUUGUGAGAGGAAGAUGCUGCGCUAGAUUUGGCCUGAUCCUGCAGGCUCUCCUCAUCGGAGUCCCUCCUUCUUUCCUCCAGAACCCCUCCGUGGUGGAUGCUCCUCUGAUGCUGAGGCUGCGGGUCUCCUUGCCGCCCAGCUGCGCCAUCAAGGCCUCGGGGAUGUCCAUUUCCGUCACAGCCACCCUCAACAUCUUCUUGGCGCCCGUGGAUCAGCCCCUGGUCCAGCUUUCCAGCAUGACCAUGGUGAGUGGUGCAGGCGAGGCCAGAGGUUGGGGAAACCGGCCCCCGCCAGGGACACAGCUCCUGGGGGGGGGCACAAAAACCAGACUGUGGGGUGUAGGGCAGAGAUGUUUGGGGCAACGGGCCACCACAGUCGCAGCAAGAUAAAACCCAGGAGACGUUUCCUCUCCUUCUUGCACCACAGAACAAGGGGGUGCAAUUCUUCUGGGGAAACCCAGUCAGAUGGGUGGGGUAUAAAUAAAUAAAUUAUAAUUAUAAUUAUUAUGCCCUUCCUCCUUGCCUCACUCUUUGAGGACUUGGGUGGCAUAAAAUGCUGUAAUUUCUAAUGCAGCUAUUACAGUAAAUUGAUUUUUCCAGGGGUGGUUGUGUGCUGAUACAGCCCUUUGCCAAGGGCACAAGGGAGCCUCAGGGCAUCUCUGAGUGAGGCCAGAUCUUCUUCUCCCCAGAUUCCCUCCUGCUCACGUGGGUGUUUCCCCCCAGCUCAAAGGAGCUGCUGACUCUCCUGUGACCCCUUGUCCUCCUGCAGCGGCAAUUCUUGCAUUUCUGCGUGUUAGACUAGAUGGCCCCUGGGGUUCCUUCCCACUUGGCAAUUCUACGAUUCCUCCUCCUCCUCCAUCUCCCUGUGACGUGGUUCACCUGAGUCACCUGCAGCUGUUUCCACAGCAAGCUCCUUGCCUGCAGAAGAGCGUAACUCUGGAGCCCCAAAGGCUGGGAGGAAGGACUGGGAGCAGUGCUGUUGGGGAGGGUCUGUUGUCAUAGGAUCAGGGCCCUGAAGGUCCCAGUUCCUGGUCAAAGAGCUCUUCUAGGAGGCCGGGACAGUUCUUGGCCUCCAACUGCUGCUUCCUGUCUCUGUUGGAAAGCCAAAGGGUGGCAGUCGCCCCCUUCCCAGGCAGGAUGUCGGGCUCCUUUGAAACUGACCUGCCCCUCGUCUCCUUUCCAGGAAGCUCGGCUGAGCGCAAAGGUGAUUCUGCGCAAGAAAGCUUUGCAGGUGCUGAUGGACCUGAGAAGGUACUGGAAGAGUCGCAGGAUGGGGAGAAGGGCCAGCCAUGGCCCAGUACGGACGGCUGUCACUCACUUCUUCCUCUCUCUUUGCCUUGUUCAGGUUCCGGAUCUACUCCAACCAGUCAGCGCUGGAAUCCCUGGCCGUAAGUGCUGGGGAGGGACCUGGGGGAGGCAAGGCAGGGCUGCAGCUCAGAAUGGGGGUCGCCUCCCAUGCCUUGCUGAGUGCCCAGGAGUGCGGGGGCUCCGUUUCCUGUGUCUCCCCCCAAAAGCACCUGGAAAGAGCUCCCUGCUCCUGCCAUCCUGAAGAGCCAGAGGGGAAACUGAGGCUGCUGGCUCUCCUCCACUGGGGCUGUUUAAGCAGAGGCUGGGUGACCACCUGUCAGGAACCUGGCGAUUUCUGCAUUGUAGGGGUUGGGCUAGAGGACCUUUGGGGUCCCUUCUGACCCCACGAUUCUUCUAUGGCUCACUCUUUCCCUCCCUCCCCAGCUGAUCCCUCUGCAAGGGCCUCUGAAGACUCUGCUGCAGCUGACCAUCAUGCCCAUCAUCAACGGUAAGAGGCCUGGAGGCGUCGCACGCCUCUGCGCCUGGCAAAAGGAGAAACGUCCUUGUGUAGAGGCCCUGGACCUACUUCUGACUCAGCCUGGCCACCGCAGCCAAGAACGAGAGCUUCCCUCUCUUCUCUGUUGAACUGGGGCAGCGGGGGGGACGGGACACAAUGCUCAGCAUCAGUGUGGUCACUCUGUGGCCCCCCACCAAUUGCAGCUGGGUGGCAAGUCCCCCCGUCACUUUUGGCCACAGGGGCCUCUGGGAGCCCAGAGACAUCUCAAAGGCCAGUCCUUCAGCGCAAAGCCAGUAACGGUUCCUUGGCUGCCUGGGUUCAACUGGUAUUUCAGAAGCAUUGCUGCCCCCAGAGAAGAGCCAUUGCACACUGGAGAAAUCUGAGGGCUCCCUUGGACAAAAAACAAGGACACCAGCCAGGAAUACCAGAGCAAAACAGCAGCCAGUCAGCUUGGUCUUGAUUGAAGACUGUCGCGACAGGACUCCCACCUGCCACCAGGUGGAACAAGAUGGAAGCCCCCAACAAAAGAGCCCCCAAACUUUUAUUAGCUGCUAAUUUCCAUGUUGUGGGACGCAGGUGGUGCUGUGGGUUAAACCACAGAGCCUAGGACUUGCUGAUCAGAAGGUCUGCGGUUGGAAUCCCCGCAACGGGGUGAGCUCUCGUUGCUCAGUCCCUGCUCCUGCCAACCUAGCAGUUCAAAAGCACAUCAAAGUGCAAGUAGAUAAAUAGGUACCGCUCCAGCGGGAUGGUAAACGGUGUUUCCGUGUGCUGCUCUGGUUCGCCAGAAGCGGCUUCGUCAUGCUGGCCACAUGACCCGGAAGCUGUACGCCGGCUCCCUCGGCCAAUAAAGCGAGAUGAGCGCCGCAACCCCAGUCGGCCACGACUGGACCUAAUGGUCAGGGGUCCCUUUACCUUUUUAAUCCCCAUGUUACACCCCCCAAACCACAUCAUUCAUACAUCACGGUUACAUCAUGAAAGGGGAGGUCUGGUGGCAGUAAUCUGAGCAUCCUGGACCCUGCCCCAUGGUUCUCCUUGCCCUCCACCAAACACCCAUCGAGUGGAACAAAAGAGAUAUUUACAUUGCCCUGUUUCCCAGCCAAGUCAAUCCCACCCUUUGGUCUUGAUCUGGGUUUGUUAUUUCUGGAAUGGCUACCUCUCUGGCACUCAGGUAUCAGGGUGCCAGGGAUUAUCGCUCAGGCAGAGGGGCUGCUGAGUAGCUGAGCUCACAUGUGUAUAUGAAUUUCUGAAGUUUUCCCAGUGAGCCAGUACACAGAUACAAGCAGAGGCCCUUUGAGUAGAUAGGAAGAAACUGUGUUUUGUGGGGACAAAUCACAAAAGCGAUGGUGCUGGUUUUGGUAGUGGGCUGCAUGUGCAUAUCUGCUGGAGGGGCAAUGCCCCCCCAACCUAUACAUAAAUUCCUGCAGCAGCGGCUAGUGGCCCCCAAGAGCCCUCUCCUCCAUAACUCUUGCCUCAACUCUUCCUUUUCUUUUCCUUUCCUUGCAGAGAGAACCAAGAAGGGGGUGCAGAUCCCACUCCCCGAAGGCAUGGAUUUCAUGAAGGAAGUGGUCACCUACCACAAGGUAGGCAGAAGGAUAUAAGCCGGAUCUGAGCCCUGCCCUCUUGGGGCUUCCGGAAGCAUUCACUGUUUCCAACCACAGAGGCUGAGCCAGCUGCCUCACAGUCCUCGACAGCCUUUAUCCGCCAUGCACUUUAGAGCCUCCUUUUGCAAAAAGAGCAAGAGUCCAACUUCUCUGGCAGGAUGCGGCCGUGCUGCUGCUGUCACCGCCUCCGCCUCCCCUUUCCAGGAGCUCCAGCGUCUUCCCUCCCCUGGGAAGUGGCAGCAGCCGAAGCUCCAAUCCUGCCCCAACUUUGCCCACCUCUCUCUCCUUCCUUUGCAGGGCUACCUGACCAUUGGCGCAGACCUCCACUUCUCCAAAGGCCUGAGAGAGGUGGUAGAGAAGUACAGGACCCCGCAGGGCCCACCGCCGACCUCCGUGGCUGCCUGAGGGGCUCCACCAGCAGCCCCUCCUCUGGCCUCCCCCCCUCUGAAGGGCAGAGCGCCUGCCUGCCCUGGUUUGCCCUCCGCCAGCUCACGGCAGGACCAAGCAGGCAGCAUCAUCACCAGCAGGGCAGGACAAGGCGGCGGCAGCAGCUGCUGCCGCUUUGGGAACCUGAACCAAUAAAACAGGUCAAAACCACUCAUCUUUGGA